AUGCUUAAAAGACAAAACACCUCCGCCGUUCCAGAUCCAAAAAGAAGGGCACUUCGACCAGUUUCACAAUUGGCCACCCCUCCCACAACUCCAGAAAAAAAAUCUGUCAUUGAUCUCUCCAGCUCACUCUCAGGCCAUGCUAGAAAGCUCCACUUCACUGACUCCAUCUACUCGAAAGCUAAAGCGUUGUUCCAACGUGGAGCCAAGAUGGAGAACGUCACUCACCUUGUGGGAAGAUCUGCAGAGGCAGACGCGUUCUCCAAGUUCAUUAAUAUGUCGCUAACUCUCAGAAAAUGUGCCAGCCUAUAUGUUUCCGGGCCUCCAGGAACUGGCAAGACUGCCCAAAUUAACCUCACACUAGACAGCUUAAUUGCACAGAAAAGAGGAUCCCCGGUCACUCAGGCAUCUGGAAUUCGCCACAUUCACCACAUUCACGGCGCCAACGUGCUGGUCAUGAGAGUCAACUGCAUGGCAAUCUCCAAACCGGAAAACAUCUACCACGAAAUCUACUGCCAUGUCACGGGCCAGGCGCCCUCACGCAAGCAGACAUUUGAUGAUCUUUACAAGGUGCUCUUGGAGGGCAACAACUCCAUUGACUCGUUGGUGGUGGUGCUCGACGAGAUGGACAGUCUCAUCACCAAAGAUCAACAGGUCCUCUUCCAGCUUUUCCAUUGUGCGUCCCACUUAAAGAGCAGUGUGCUCAAUACGAAAUUGAUACUUGUGGGUAUUUCCAACGCCUUGGACCUCACAGACAAAUUCUUGCCUCGGCUCCGGAGCAAUGGUUUUAACCCAGAAUCCAUUCAGUUUAUGCCAUAUUCAGGUGACCAGAUCAAGCAGGUGAUUCUCAGCAAGCUCAGGUCACUUGUGGAAGAGGAUAAGGAGAACAUGACCAACGCCAUUCCAAUCAUGCAUCCAACCGCUAUCACUUUAUGCUGCAAGAAAUGUUCUACGGUUACUGGAGAUCUUCGUAAGGCGUUCGAUAUUUGCUACAAGAGUAUUGAGCUCGUGGAGAAACAGGCCCAGCAAAGUGAGACUUUUUCCAGCUUGACAUUUGAGACUGCUCCAAAAGCCAUGAUAGGCCAUGUGGCUAGAGCUUGUGCUUCCACAUUUGGUGACAAUACUCUGGCCAAACUCAACAACUUGAACUUGCUUCAGAAAGCUGUUCUUUGCUGUCUUUUCAGCAUGGAGAAUACAUCGCUCACCAAAGCACCUACAGUAAAUGAGCUCUAUGACUUUUACUGCAAGUACACUCUCGAGUGUACGGAGGAGUUGUUGGGCCGGUUGAAGAAAGGUGACUUCUUGGAGAUAGUAGGAGCACUUGAAUCGUCAUCAACGGUGGUUUUGGCUUCAAAACAGAAAACUUACAGCAUGCACGUGGACGUGGGAAACAAGACGAUCACGCCCAAUGUGCCAUUAACUGACUUAGAAAGGUCCAUUGAUGAGGUUGGAGUCCUCCGUCGGAUCUUACGAGUUGGAAAGUAG